CUGUUUUUAUUAAGCGUAAUAGCUUGGAAACCGGCUACACCGCUCUUGUUAUUUCACAGGCUUAUGAGCUACGCCUCAGCUACGACCACGGCGCGCGCACAUCGAGUGGCGUCCCCUGGCGUCUGGGAUCGCGACCCUUUCGGAGUAAGAGGGAGUUGGCGGAGAGGGUGAGCGCGAAGGCGGUCGAAGGUGCGCUCGCAGGACAGGGCUUCGCCUCCACUUGUUGACGGGUAACCAGCGCUGGGAGAUGUGGUCCUUCCGGGACCUCGCCGCUUCGAUCUCGCAAGCGUUAACGUCGCCGUAUCCGUCGGCGGCGCCCAUCGGUUGUGGAGCGGGGCCGUGGCCCGGAAAGCAGCAGACGACACUUUCGACGCCGCUAUAACUCGCGCCCGCUCUCCGUUGAAUGAGGAAAGCAAGAAAAGGAGGCGUAUAAACAAAACGCAUAGCCUUUUUCUUUUUUCGCCUUCGUGCGUAUGUGUGUUUACGCGUUGUGUCGAUCGCACGUUGGGAAAGAAGUUGCGCUUCCGGAUCGUUGCCCGCUGCUAAAAGACGCCGCUCUUCGAACGCUCGACGCUCGACUACUGUCUGCCUAUAGGUGCUCACUUGUGCGUGAACGCGGGCUACGUGAAUAUUCGUUUAUUGUCGCUUUCCCUCACUCGGUGCACUGGAUACUGCUGCGAUGAUUGACACGCGCCCCCGCUUGUCUGCUUGGAUUCUGCGCUGGGCGCUCACCUGUCUCGCGCUGCGAGGACCUCGGCCUGGAAUAGCAUUUGAAGACGCCAUUGUUGGCCCCUCAGCGGUGACGAGCCGCGUGGGUGGUGACGCUGCGCUGCCGUGCCACCUCCGACACGUCACGCAAGACUCGUGGGCCAUGUCCGUGUCGUGGUUCAAGCGCGGCCUCUCGGGUCCCGUCUACACGAUAGACAUGGGUUCGGGAAACUUCCUGCAGGCCCGGCACCGGCCGGCGCACCUGUGGGCCGGACGCGCCUACUUCUCGUCGGCCGACGAGCCGGCGCUGCUCAUGAUCGGAGACGUGGCUGCCGUCGACGCCGGACUGUACGUCUGCUCGGCGUUGUUCCCCGACGGCGGCGAGCGUAAUUCCACCGUCCGCUUCGUCGUGGUCGUUCCACCGGAGACGCCCGUCAUCAGAGACAGGUUUGGCAACAAGGUUGGAAAAGUGGCCGGUCCUUAUCGAGAAGGCGAAUCACUGACGCUCACAUGCGAAGUCAGUGGCGGCGUGCCAGAACCGACGGUCACGUGGUGGCGAAACAGCACAAAGCAGCUUCACCACACGGUCGACAGCUCGUCGCCCGGGGUCACCCGGUCGACAAUGGAGCUGGCGCAACUGCACCGGCACGAUCUCAACGUUUCGUUUGUGUGCAAGGCGUCCAAUCACAACGAAACCUACGUGGUCACGAGCAGCGUCACGAUCGACCUAUACCUGAAACCAUCCAUGGUGCGCAUCCGUUCCAAGCAGCGCCCUUUGGCAGCUGGCCUGCCAGCAGAAAUCGAGUGCGAAGCUGCCGGCUCCCGUCCUGCACCUGUGAUCACAUGGUGGUGCGGGAAAGCCAAGAUAUCCGCCGACAAUAUAAAGGUGAUGCCCAUCGGAAAUCGCGUUUUCUCGGUGGCCACGUACACACCCAGAAGAGAGGACAACGGAAAACGACUCCGAUGUGUGGCCGAAAACCCCGGCAUUGCAGGAAGUUUCCUCGAAGCCUCGUACAGCCUUGACGUGCACUACAAACCUAUUGUAACUCUUCAGCUGGGAAAGAGACUGCGGCUCGAGGAGAUCUUCGAGGGGCAAGACGUGUAUUUGGAGUGCAGCAUCGACGCAAAUCCGCGCGUGAGCGAAGUCGUGUGGCGCUUCGAAGACAGCCACGAGGUCCACUCGAACCCGGCGGCCAAGGUGAUUACGAGCAACCAGUCGCUCGUCUUCCAGGCUAUCCAACGCCUGAACGCCGGGCGCUACACUUGCGUCGCCGCCAACAGCGAAGGCGAGUCGGUCAGCAACGAGCUCCAUCUAAGGGUGCAGUACUCUCCGGUGUGCUCCAUUCGGCAACGGGUAGUGUACCCGGCGGCGGCGCACGAGAUGCUGCAGGUGUCGUGCGAGGUGGACGCACACCCAUCGGCCGUCAGCUUCCAGUGGGCCUUCAAUGGCAGCCUGCGCAACCACGAGCUUCAAAGCUUCGUGUCCGAGGGCAGCCACAGCGUGGCGUCCUACGUGCCGCGUGACAGAUCCGACUACGGCAUACUCCUGUGCUGGGCCACCAACAAGAUUGGCCGGCAGAAGGAGCCUUGCCGCUUCCAGAUCGUCCAGAUUGGUCCGCCCAAGGCUCCCUACAACUGCACGCUGAGCAACCAGACGGAGGACGCAUUCCUGGCGGAAUGCCUGGAAGACGCGAGCGACGGCGGUGGAUUGCACCAGCUGUACAGCCUCGAAGUGCACGACGUCUCGUGCCACCGAUUGCUGGCCAACCUGAGCGCAGAGAGGCCCGCCUUCUGGGUGCAGGAUGUGCCCGCAGGUCUGAGCUACGUGCUCGUGCUGUACGCCGUCAACGAGGUGGGACGCUCGCAGCCAGUGCUUCUGCGCGCCGAGACGCCCUACCGAUACUGGGACGGCACAUUGCAUCACGGGGGUGACUGGAGCAGCUGCGAGCCAAGCAACUCACUCGCCGUCAUCCUUAUCACUGUCACGUUCUCUGCGAUUUUCUUCCUCUUGUUGUUCGUAACUCUGGCUCGCUGUCGUACGAAAAAGCAGCGAUUAAAAGCGAACACUGGUGAUAAAGUGGUGCAAAACGGAAUAACAUCUCCUCGCGCUUGCGGUGGAUCAGUGGACAUGACUACCUUCCACUCUGGUGAAGGCAACGAGCUCCAUUCGACAACACUGGAGGCGUCACCAGUCAAGCCGCCGAUCCACGCCGACUACAUAACAAACGUCAACAAUCACACGCCGUACUUCUGCCGCCAGAAGAUUGUGGACUUCUGAUAUCCAGACGUGCUCCAAACGAGCAGUGGAAAGGAGCCAUCAUCGAUGUCCAAGCUGGAUACUACUACAUAGGGGAACUGUGCGGGAAGCAAGUCUAUAUGUGUAUAUAAUAGCAGGUUCGAGUUUUUUUUCGAAUGAUGUGACCAGAAAAAAAGAAAGAAAUGCGGAAGUGGGCAUCCUGAGCUACUGGAAUGUCAGCAAGACGCACAGGGUCCUACGCUUCCAGCAAUGUGUCGCUCUUGCGACGCCCGAGCAUCUCUGACUGCGCAGACCGUUCGCCUCAAGUGCCUUCUCCAAAAGAGAGUCCGGCAACAAUGGACGUUCUUUGUUCGAGAAUGAUGCUCGUGGGAAUCGAAGCCAGCGCUUUGCGCGCUCAACUCGACACACGUGACCACUGUACGACUUAGGAGACAACGGAUUCGGCCCGUUGCCGCCACGCUAUGGUGGACGUUAUCAUGCACGAGUGAUUUCGAAAAAAAAAAUACAGUGGUCUAGUCAAGACCGGUUGUCGAAGAAAAUUUUUGAUACGCAAGAGGAAGCAUUUCCUGUUUCGUUUUUCUCGACAGAAAAGGGGGAAAAAAACAAGGGCACAAGUGGUCACGUUUCCAGCGAUGGGGAGACGUCAAGGAUAUUACCCUACUUCCCAACGUUAUAUCGGACCAUCACCAACGAUUCCCGUUUAGGCACUAUUCUGCUAGAACCCGAAACAUGCCUGUUGAGGAAAACCGCGGUUAAGAAGGAACAUGGCGGGGAGCCUUUGUGAAACUAGGACUCGAUGCAGGCGAUUAAGCAAGUUACCGCAGUGUGUGAAGCCAAACAAGACAAGAGCUACUUUACGUUCUUUCAGUGUCAAGAAUACACAAUGCUGACACUGUUUUGCGUGUAUGGAGAGCGUGCGCAAAAACCGCGAGAACGCAAAUAUUAGUAACAAAUUAUUUUCGAACAGCAGGCGUGCACGUGAAGUAUGCGUUCGCUCGCCCUGGCCGUCGCGUUCGCUUUAAGUCGCGUGUGUGCUAUUGCGAGAUCAACACGUAUUGCGGAGGCUGCAAUUUGGAGUUUCCAAAGGCAAUUAAUUUGGCGAGCUUCAUCAUCUACACAUUGUUGAGGCGUCUUCUGCACUGUCUUUCGUUUCCGCUUGGAAGAAAGGAACUCCUCCCCGACGUGUCAACGAACGUCACGAAACCUGCAGAGACGAAAAAAAAAAAAGAAAAAAAAAAGCUACGUCAACUAAAUGCACGGUACUGGAACCGCCGUCAACUACGCGCGUGUGCCUGUGUGUGGUUGGAGCCCUGUGAGAACUGCCUUUCUUGCGACGCCUCGUGCCACUCGUUUGUGCAUUGUGUGUUCGUGUGCAUGUAUUGUGUGAGCAGCCCUGUCCACUUAAAGAGACACCGGAGCUUCUUCAAACAAGGUUAAAACUACUUCAUUUACAAUAUUACGCUGCAUGAAGAACUAGAGUUUAUGGACUCAUUGCCGUGAGGCACGUUCAAGCAUGAAUCUCAGCGUCCAGACGAAAACAAAGGUGCAUUUAUCCGCUGUGGACUGCAUACGAAGGUUGCUCCAGCUCCUAAGUUCGGAAUGUAUAUAGUGUAUAUAAAGACUGUUCUUUUCUCA